AUGGCAAGAAGACGAACGCCAAUUGGCCUGUUUCCUCACCUCUUGGCGGCCACACUUACCCUCACAGUUGCUACAGCUACUGUUCAGCAGACAGAAACCCUCAAUGACACAACAUAUGACUACAUCAUUAUUGGUGGAGGUGUCUCGGGUUUGGUGGUCGCCAACAGACUGACAGAGGACCCCCAAACCACCGUCCUGAUCCUCGAGCGCGGCUCCUUCUCUAACAAACCCGAAGCCUUUGUCCCCUGGUAUGCCAACCUAGUUGACGAGUCCAUGCUCUGGAGUCCCCAAUCAGCCCCCGUUCCCGGUCUCAACAAUAACACCUUCCGCGUAACCGUACCUGCCGUAGUAGGCGGCGGCUCCGUCGUCAACGGCAUGGGCUACGUCCGAGGAUCGAAGAGCGAUUAUGAUUCUUGGAAAGCCCUGGGAAAUCCUGGAUGGGGAUGGGAUGAUCUUCUGCCGUACUUCAAGAAGAGCACGACCUUCCAGCCGCCCAGUGAAGAAACGACGGAAACCUUUGGGGUUGUGUGGGAUGAGGGGGCUUACGGCACCGGGCCGGUGCAUGUCCAUGUGUCGGAUUGGCAGUACACUGUGAUUGGGACGAUUUGGGAUGCGUUGAGGGGGAUGAUUGGGUUCCCGAAGCCGAAUACGGCUGAUGGGGGUCAAGGGAGGGGGGCUUUUUGGACUGGGCAGACGAUUGAUGCUCGCACCCAGACCAGAGAGACGGCGCGGUCGGCGUACUAUGAUCCGGUGCAGGGGACAAGGGGGAAUUUGAGAUUGGCUACAGGACAAAUUGCACAGGAAAUACUGUUCCAUAUGACCAGCGCGCUCCCAAAGGCUAAGGGAGUGAAGAUUGUUUCAAGGGAAGACGGAAUUGAGAGAGUUGUCUUCUCCAGCAAAGAGGUUAUCCUUGCCGCUGGCGCAAUCCAAACACCACAGCUCCUCCAAGCAAGCGGCAUCGGCCCAGCAGACGUCCUCACAGCCGCCGGUAUCCCAGUCCGAAAGAACUUGCCCAGCGUCGGCGCCAACCUGCAAGACCAUCCAACCACAUUACUCCUCUACCUCCUUGCGAACGAGACAUUUCCCAGCCCAAACACCAUCUUCACCAACGCAACCUAUAACGAGACUGUCUGGAACGAGUACCUUGUCAACAAGACUGGCCCCGUCUCAACAGCCAACACAAACACCGUAGCCUUUUUCUCCCUGGCAGAUCUGACUCAGUCAACCGUAAAAGCCGCACAAAUUGCUGCGGAAGUCCUGACCCAAAACCCUCUUUCCUACCUCCCCUUCAUCUACCACUCCUCGCCCGAACUCCUAGCCGGAUACCUUGCGCAGAGAACCCUCCUUGCAGCACAAUAUGCCUCACCCCACUCCCGCGUAUCUUCAUCUCCCCUUGUCGGAAGCGGCGCACACCCAGCUCCAUUUUUGAAACCCCUUUCCCGUGGCACAGUCACACUCGACCCAGAAGGAGGCCAUCUCCCAAUCGUGCAGUACAACACACUACAAAACCCAAUCGACGGCAAGAUCAUCACAUACAUCGUCCGCAACGCGCGGCGGUUUUGGGAGACUCCCGCGAUGCAGACUCUCCAACCAAGGGAGCUUGUGCCCGGGGUCGACAGUCAGUCUGACGAGGAUAUCAUGGCAUAUCUCCGAUCGAAUCCGGGGAUUUUUUGGCCUAGCCUGGCACAUCCCGUGGGAACGUGCGCGAUGAUGCCAGAGGUUCUAGGGGGAUGUGUGGGACCGGAUCUGAAGGUUUAUGGGGUCAAGGGGGUGAGGGUUGUAGACGCGAGCAUCAUGCCGAUUAUUGUGGCCGGAGGGCUGCAAGCGACGGUGUAUGCUGUUGCAGAGAAGGCAGCAGAUUUGAUCAGGGGAAUCAAGAGUGUGUAG